AUGUUUUUUAGCGUUUCAUCGUCUAAACGGAAAAAAAAUUGUUCAGACGAUUGCGAUUUCUUCUACCGCUUUGAAAGAACAACAGAAAUGCGAGCACAGAAUGUUGAUUGGCAACAUCAGUUAACAUUUCAAAAUUUGCAAAAUUAUCAACAACAACAUCCACAUGGAACCGAAGCUGGCAGUAUAGAACAGUUUCUCAUACAACAAGCAACGGCUUUCGAGACAUCAUUGCGAAACUAUUUACCAGGAAAUGUUUAUCAUCAAGCUUCUCAACUGGAAAGAGUUGCAGCAGUUCUGGCAGCAGUACAAUGUGGGGGGCUAGGGUCAGAAGCAGCUCCAUCAGCUGGCAUUAAGAGACAAAAUGAAGCUGAAAAUGCUGUAUUGGCGAAUAAAAAAAGUAGAGCAGAUGCCUCCCAAGGAGCUGGAGAGCCACAUGAGAGCGACACAAACGACGACGGAUCAGACGACGACGAAUCUGACGACGACGGAGUAGCCGGCAACGGAGAAGACGACGACGGUGUAACCGACAAUGGAGCAAGCAAUGACGGAGAAAGCGACUACGGAGCAGCCGACGAACAUCUCUUGCCUGAUGUUGCCUUUACUCCAUCUAAUAAGCUCUACUUCAAUGCCCCCUACGACCGCAAAAACGACUUCAUUUGGGUGGAAAAUAAGUCCGACAUCAAUGUCAAGUUUAAGGCUCAUAUGCACUCUUCGAACGAUACAGAACUCCCACGUCUGUCCAAUAACGCAGGGUACAUCCCCGCAAAAACCACCCUCCGACUCGAUGUAUCUUGCUCGGAAGGUACAAAAUCGAGCGACGACCGCGCUGUAAUAUUGGAAAUCAUGAAUUGCUCAAGAAAUGAGAGAAUGAUGGAUCGGGAAGGAUUGUAUCAAAAUUGGAAUCUAUACGAAGGAGCAGUCUUGCGAAAAGUGAUUAAAAUUGAAUACAACGACUAA